AUGGCGCGCGGGGCUGAGCCUCCAGACGGGGGCUGGGGGUGGAUGGUGGUUCUCUCAGCCUUCUUCCAGUCGGCGCUCGUGUUCGGCGUGCUCCGCUCCUUCGGCGUCUUCUUCGUGGAGUUUGUGGCGGCGUUCGAGGAGCAGGCGGCGCGUGUCUCCUGGAUUGCCUCCAUAGGAAUCGCGGUGCAGCAGUUUGGGAGCCCUGUAGGCAGUGCCCUGAGCACGAAGUUCGGGCCCAGGCCCGUGGUGAUGACCGGGGGCAUUUUGGCGGCUCUAGGGAUGCUGCUCGCCUCCUUUGCUACCUCCUUGACUCAUCUAUAUUUGAGUAUUGGGCUGCUGUCAGGCUCUGGCUGGGCCUUGACCUUCGCUCCAACCCUGGCCUGCUUGUCCCGUUACUUCUUCCGCCGUCGAUCACUGGCUACAGGGCUAGCACUGACAGGCGUGGGCCUCUCGUCCUUUGCCUUUGCCCCCCUCUUCCAGUGGCUGCUAAAUCACUAUGCUUGGAGAGGUGCUCUGCUGCUGGUAUCUGCCCUCUCUCUCCACCUGGUGGCCUGUGGUGCUCUCCUCCGCCCCCUUUCGCUGACUGAGGACCCUGCUAUGGGUGGCCCUAAGACUCAGCUUGCCUCCCUCCUUCAUCACGGACCCUUCCUUCGCUACACUGUUGCCCUCACCCUGAUCAACACUGGCUACUUCGUUCCCUAUGUACAUCUGGUGGCCCACCUCCAGGACCUGGAUUGGGACCCGCUGCCUGCUGCUUUCCUACUCUCAGUGGCUGCUAUUUCUGAUCUUGUGGGACGUGUAGCCUCUGGGUGGCUGGGUGAUGCAAUCCCGGGGCCAGUGUCACGACUCCUGAUGUUCUGGACCACCCUGACAGGGGUGUCACUGAUCCUGUUCCCCAUCGCUCAGGCUCCCACAGCCCUAGUGGUUCUGGCUAUAGCCUAUGGCUUCACAUCAGGAGCCUUGACCCCAGUGGCUUUCUCCAUACUGCCUGAACUGGUGGGGACUGGAAGGAUAUACUGUGGCCUAGGAUUGGUGCAGAUGGUUGAGAGCAUCGGGGGGCUCCUGGGGGCUCCUCUGUCAGGCUACCUCCGGGAUGUGACAGGCAACUACACAACUUCUUUUGUGGUGGCAGGGGCCUUCCUCAUCGCAGGGAGUGGAGUUCUUCUAACCCUGCCUGGCUUUUUCUCCUGCGUCUCACCACCUACCUCCAGGCCCCAGGACUUUAUCAAUGAGGCCCUAGAUACCAAAGUCCCCCUGCCCAGGGAAGGCGUGGGAGAGAACUGA